CCCCUACUGCUGCUGCUGCUGCUGCCCGGCCUAGGCCCCGCCACCGGACACACCCCAGAGCCGGUCCCGCCGGGAGAGCUGGUGACGCCUCAGUGGGUGGAAGGACGACGGAGCCGGAGAUCAGUCAGCCUGGAGGAUCAUGCACCGAGGCCGGACCGAGGCCACAUGGCGGUCGUGGCCGAAGGCAGAGAGCUCAUCCUGGCACUGGAAAAGAACCACAGGCUUCUGGCCCGCGGCUACACGGAAACUCAUUACACUGAGGAGGGGCAGCUCGUCACGGUAACACCCAACCACACGGACCACUGUUACUACCACGGCCACGUCCGGGGGUUUCCGGGCUCCUGGGUGGCGCUCAGCACGUGCGCGGGCAUCAGGGGGCUGAUCGUACUGAGCGCCAACACCAGCUACUACGUGGAGCCCCGGCGGAGCGCUCAGCACAGCGUGCAGCGCACUGAGCGCCUCCCCCGCGAGGCCGGCGGCGCCUGCGCACACCGCGCCGCCGCCGACGGACGACCGCCGGGGGCGCUGCUGCACCGCCUCCUCCGCCCCCAAAGGGCCAAGCGGGAUACCUGGCGGACCCUCAAGUACAUGGAGCUGUUCAUUGUGGCCGAUCACAGCCUGUUCCUGAAUCAGCAGCGAGACCUGGGCCGAACGAAGCAGCGGAUCCUGGAGAUCGCCAACUACGUGGACAAGUUCUACAGGUCCCUGAACAUCAAGGUGGCGUUGAUCGGGCUGGAGGUGUGGACGGAGCGGGACCAGUGCCGGGUGACCAGCGACGCCAACGCCACGCUCUGGGCUUUCCUGCAGUGGAAGAAAGGGCUGAAGGCCCGGAGGCAGCACGAUAACGCCCAGCUGCUCACGGGAAGGCCAUUCCAAGGCACCACCAUCGGCAUGGCCCCGCUCGAAGGCAUGUGCAGUGCUGAGAACUCGGGGGGGGUCAGCGCGGACCACUCGGAGCUGCCCCUCGGGGCGGCGGCCACCAUGGCCCACGAGAUCGGCCACAACUUCGGCAUGAGCCACGACGGCGACGGCUGCUGCGUGGAGGCCACGCCGGACCAGGGCGGCUGCGUCAUGGCCGCCGCCACGGGGCACCCGUUUCCCCGUGUGUUCAGCUCCUGCAGCCGCGAUCAGCUCCUCAGCUUCUUCCAGAAAGGCGGCGGCGGGUGUCUCUUCAAUGCCCCCAACACCAAGGAGCUGGUGGUGGGGCGGAAAUGUGGCAACGGCUUCCUGGAGGACGGCGAGGAGUGCGACUGUGGAGAGACCCAGGAGUGCACCAACCCCUGCUGCAACGCCCACAACUGCACCCUCAAGGCCGGUGUCGCGUGUGCCCAUGGAGACUGCUGUGCCAACUGCCAGCUGAAGGCGGCGGGCACCCCGUGCCGGGAGCGGGCCGGGGGCUGCGACCUGCCCGAGUUCUGCACGGGCACGUCCCCCCAGUGCCCGCCCAACGUCUACCUACUGGACGGCUCGGCCUGCGCCCGCGGCGACGGCUACUGCGGCGACGGCCUGUGCCUCACUCACCGAACCCAGUGCGAGCAGCUCUGGGGACCAGGUGCCAGCCCGGCUCCGGACGCGUGCUUCCAGGACGUGAACACGGCGGGUGACCCCUACGGCAACUGCGGCCGGGACGGUCAGGGCAAUUACAUCCCCUGUGAGAGGAGGGAUGCCAAGUGCGGCAAGAUCCAGUGCCAGAGCCCGGCCAGGAGGCCUCGGGGUCCCAACACGGUCUCCAUGGACACCACCAUCCGCCACAACGGCCGCCAGCUCACCUGUCGCGGCGCCUUCAUGUACCCGGCGGCCCGGCCGGGCCAGCGGGGCGAUCUGCCCGACCCGGGCCUGGUGGCGGCUGGCACCAAGUGUGGGGACGGACGGGUGUGCCGGGAUGGGCGCUGUGCCAACGCAUCCUUCCUGGAGCUGGAGCAGUGCGGGCGGCGGUGCCACGGGCACGGGGUCUGCAACAGCAACAGCAACUGUCACUGUGAAGCCGGCUGGGCUCCCCCGUUCUGCGACAAGCCGGGUCCCGGGGGCAGCGUGGACAGCGGGCCUGUGCAGCCGGCCGGCCAGGCCGUGGUGGUGGCCCUGCUGCUGGUCGCCCUGUUGCUGCUGCUUCCCGGGGCCGGGCUGGCUUUCUGGUGCUAUCGUCGCCCCAACUCCCUGCUGCGCACGUGGCUGCGGGGCCUGCACCACCACGGUGGCCGGAACUGCCGGACCCGAUCGUUGGCCCCCCAAGGCGGCAGGGGCCACGCCAACGCGGCCUUCACCCUGAGGAACUUGCCCCCGCCCGUCCGGCCCGCCAGCGCGCCCCGCAAGAUCCCACCGAAGCAGGCCGCCCCACGCAGACCCCUGCCCGGGAAUCCGGUCCUCGCCAAGCAGCCCCCGACCCAGCCCCUGCUCGUCAUGGUGGCCCCCGGACCCUCCUCGCGCCCGUCCUCCCGACCCCUCCGGCCGAGCCUCCUUCCCGCCUCCUUCCCGUCCAGAAAGUGACCCCGGGAGCCGAGCGGCCCGAGUCGGGAAGAGUCGCCCCGAUUUGCACUGUGCACCCGCCGAGAGCCUCCUGGAUGGGAAAAGCGGGGGGCAGGAGGGGACGGCCCUCCUUCCUUCCUUUCUUUCUUUUUAACCAGAACUGAAAUUAUUUUUGGAAGCGCCGCCGAAAGGGGAAGGGACCACGAAGGGCCAGGACAUCCCCGACGGUCCCCAUUCCCGCUCUCAGUUCCCCCGUCUCACGCGCGGGCGGGACGGGGAAGAUCCUUCCGACUUUCCUCCAGGCCAGGGAGGUGUGAAGACGCUCCCCGGCUCUUGGCUCUUUCCCAUUCCCGGACCCCCAGCAGGGUAACGACACUUAGCAUCACCUACCUCACGGAUCUGGGAGGGAAAUCCCGUUCACCCCUCAAAUCACCCUGCCCCGCAUCCAGUCCGGGGGAAAGACGCAUUUUUUUUUUUCCCUAACGGGAAAGACGCAUUUUUUUUUUUCCCUAACGGGGCAGGAGAGGGAGGGAGAUGCCAAGCCGAUGCCAACCCUGGAGGGGCAACAAACGGUUUACAUUUUC